AUGUCAGCGACAACCAGCACGCUGACUACGACCACGUCCGUAUCAGCCACGAGCAGUAGCACAGCGACGACCUCGAGUGGUACAUCGACCACUUCGGCCAGCAGCGUGACUGCAACGACUUUCUCUUCAACGAUCUCAAGCUCGGUGACAAAAACCAGCACGUCCGUCUCAGCCUCCAGCACUAGCACCGCGACGAUAGUUUCCACUACACACACCACCAGGACAAACACCGCAACGAACACUUCGGGUUCCGCUACCUCAACAAUUACCACGACGGCUUCGAGCGCUACAUUGACCACUUCGGCCAGCAGUUUGACUGCUACGACUGCCUCGAUCACAAGCACCAGCACCGUCACAACAACUGCGACGUCAGUUUCAGUUACAAGCACUCUCACCGCGACGACCUCCAGAGCAAGCAGUACUGCAACAACUUUGAGUGAUACACCGACUAGUUCCAGCAAAACCUUCACAGGUACGACGAGCACCUCCAGAACUACAACGGUUUCCCGAGCUGUCGAGCAGUUUCCCGCGACGGCCAGCAUGACCACAGAUACUACCACGACGUCCAUCCGUACGAACAACAUUGAUGCAAUGUACGUCUUAAGCAGUUCUCUUGUGUUUGAGAGCACAGGGACACGGGAAAGCAUAGUCUCUAUACUUACGUCCCAGUUGUUGGUAGUAUAUAGUCUGGAUGAGGAGCAGUUGAGCGUAAGCGUAUCAGAGGCCUCUGGAUCAUUAUCGCGGCAAAUUUCCAUCGGCAGAAAGUUGUGGCACGCCGUUUUCGAGAUAGUUGCUGACAGUCAUGACACCGAGCAGCAUCUUCAGAUCACGCAGACUAUGAGCAUCGACCCAGCUACAGUUGCAGGCAUGCUGAAAGCAGCCUUCGCAUCGGAUGGUCUGGAACUGGUGGAGGCAUCGCUUCUUGUUUCGAAGCCAGAGACAGAGGUUCUGACUACCACCACGACUUCCGAGCCUCCGCCUCCACGACCGCCACCGAGGCCGCCGCGGUCGCCCCCCCGGACGCCGGCGACGCGCCCAGCGCGGUCACCUUCGCCGCCUUCGCCACCCUGUCGUUCUUCGUCUUCGCCGCGUCCAUGGUCGCAGGCCCGCCGCG